AUGAACCCGACAAUUACAUACUCCAACGAUGACGACUACAUAGAUCUACGAGAAGAAAUCGAUUUACUCAAAUUGAAAAAUCGAACCAGGAAAAAAGAACCAAUCUUGAAAUCGUCAAAACCUAAUAAUUAUAAUGAUAAUAUGUACAGAAAUGGAUUAGGGUCAAGUUAUUCAAGAAUAUAUGGCAAUCAAAUGUUUCAGGAUCUGGCGCACCCAAAAUCGCCGACCGAAUAUGAAAUAAGUUUUCCAGAUAGUCGGCAAAAUUUUAGAAGAGACGUUGAUAAUAUCGACAGAAAUUAUAUCUCUCAAUCAUUAAGAAACGCAUUUGCCAAGACGAAAGAAGAAAUGAACAGGAAAAAAGCGAGUAUGACUGAAAAUGUUCCUAGUACUGUAUGGAAAGAUCCAAGGCUGAAAGAGAAAUAUUCAGUAUUGAAAUUACCAUGGACCAGACGCUCACAUACACUUCCGAUUGAUAAAUCGAAAAUUUCUUUAAAAUCAAAGGAAAAUUACAUAAAGAAAAUUGAGUACACUGACAACUAUCGUUAUGAUGAUGGAUCUGAUUCAGAUUCCACCUCGAUUGUUGAAUGUAAAAUUUCUUCUUCACUAAACAUUGUGAAGAAAGCAAUUGAAAGUUCAUUAUUUAUUUUCUACAAUUGUGGCACAUACAUAAUUGCCUUCGUUAUAGUUUUUCUAUUUUUAUGGUGCGUGACUAACCAGAAUUUUCUGCUUAACAAACUGUUCCAGCCAAAACCACCUGAAAGUCAAUUGACUAGAUUAUUUAAAUAUUUUGGAGGAAUGAUUAUGUACAGUUUUAAUGCAGCACUUAGAGUUACUCGACAUGUUUUUAGACUCUCCACUAAAGUUGUGUACAGCCAAACCCCAACAACUGAAACUUGGCCCCCAAGAAUAUAUUAUUAA